UUGCGUUGUGUGGUAUAUUUGAUGAGGGGUUUGGCAACUCCCACACCAAACGUACAACGCUGCACACAUAGAACAUCCACGCCUCUCAGCUCCAGCUCUCCAUUCAGCCUUCCAGCUCUCGGCAUUCAGUGUUCACGUCCAGCACUAGGACAAACUCUCGUCAGUCCUACCUGCGAUAGCAGAAAAGUGGUCAUGGAUUACUACUCUUUCUCCCGCAACAACCUCCAAAUGUCGACUGAAUCAACGAAGCCCGACACGUCCUGCAAAGCCUCGGAACUUCCUCGAGACAUCCUGCUGUCUAUCUUCUCCCAUCUGGAUAUGCCCUCGCGUGCGCGCUGUCUUUGUGUCUCCAAGGAGUGGUAUCGCACGGGGAGCGACGCCACUCUAUGGCAGUCCAUUGACGUUCCUCGGAAGAUGGCGCACCGCGUUUGGGACUACGAGCUCGGCGUCAUGCUGCGACGCGUGGGAGCGGGAAAUGUCAAUUCGCUCCAGCUCUCUGGCUCCGGAAUCACCGGAAAGUCGCUCAUCAACAUCGUUCGCACGAAGGCUCUGGCUCCGAACGUAGCCGAGAUUUCAGUUGACCAUUGCUGCAACCUAAAAGGCUGCGACAUCUUGGCCUUCCUCCAGGCGAUUUCGCCGUCGCAACCCUCCGCCUCCACCUCCUCUGUUCCAGCAGCAGCAGCAGCAGCUAACCGUACCUAUUAUCGGCAUGCCUCUCCGCCAGCUUCAUCGAGCAUCCAGAGCUUCCGAAUGGACGGCUGCAAAUGCGCCACGUUGGCGGAAGUGGACGCCAUCCGGUCGCUCGUGCGACGGCUGGAUGUGUCGCAGUGCGGGUGCGGUCGCAUAGCCUGCCUGACGCACUGCGAGCAGCCGCGCUGCCCCGGGCUCUGCUCGCGCUGCACCGACGUGUUCGACGAUUCCGGGCUCAAGUGCGGCGCCUGCACGCGUCCUCGAAACCCUCGCCAGGCCAUGCGAGUGCAGAUUCAGCGGAUUCAUGCUAUCUUGGGCGGUGGGGAGGCUGCACGCACCAGGUGGACCGACGUGAGAUCGGGCGUUGUCACGGUCCGGAUGUAAAAGCUCUUUCUUCGUGUCAUCUAAUAACGUUGGCUAGGCAUAGCCACACUACAAGACUGUGCAUAACUACCAAACAGGCUUGUCACUUUGCAUUGCGUUUUUAUUCCAAUGUCCGAUGUUCAAUCAAAUUAGUUAUUUCUGUAAAUGGUGAACUACCGUAUGUAUUCCACAGCUCCUUCGAACCAGUACCUCCACUAGGUGUACAACAUGUCAGAUCGCAACCCAAGAGACUGACGAACCACGGCCACCGUACCGCUCAUGGCACUGCUGCUGCCGGAAUGCGUCGUGUGCGUGUCGGAAUUCGACGACGACUCCGCCGUCCCACGUGUCCUCACCUCUUGCGGCCACUCUCUCUGCGCCACGUGUAUAGCCGCGCUCGCCGCGCCAUGGACGCUCCCCUCAUCCGCUUCCACUUCUUCCGCUCCCCCCGCCAACGCCCUGGCUCCCCCUUCGAGCCCCGCCCCUGCUCUCCCCUCCGCUUCCGGUCCCGCUACUUCCGCGCCACCUGCAGCCGCGGCCUGUAGCACAUCGCUGAUCGUGCGGUGCCCCGAAUGCUCCGUGCGCUCCCGCUCAGCUAACGGACGCGCGGACGGAUUUCCGAAGAACAUCGAGCUGCUCAGACUGCUGCACGCCAUUCGCACCUCCAGUCGCACCCAAUCUGCCGCCGCAUCUGACGGUAGCACUGAGCAAGCCGAGUGCGGUAUUGCCGUAAGCAGCGCUAGGCUAAGUAGCAGAUUCAGAGGCAGCAGCAGGAGGGGUAGUGUCCGGCGCGGAAAUUUAGGGUUAGUGUCAGAACGAGACAAUAGUCGCACUGGCGAUGGUUCUACACCGCAGACGCUACCAGUGGGUGAUAAUAGGGGGGGUAGCAGGUAUAGUAGGAAGCAGUCGGAGCGAGAGUGGCUGCUGGGCCGGCCUGCAGGCAGUACUAGCCAUGGAGCACCUGGCGAAGCACGUGAUAAUAAGGGAGCGGGUGAUAGUAACGAAGGAGUCGUUGCAGCAUCUGGAUCUGGUGAAGCACGCAUUACAGGGGGUGAUGAUAACGAAGCAGGGGGCCUGCAGGAAGGACUUGAAGGGAGUGCUACUAAUGAAGGGGGAGUGGGACGCAGGGAUGAGAGCAGGGAAGAAUUGGAGAGGCCGGGUUUGGGAGGUGAAGGGUCAGCAUUGAACGGUGAAAGGUUGAAUUUGGGUGGCGAGAGAUCUGAUCUGGAUUGUGAAAGAUCUGAUCUGAUUGGCCAGAGGUCAGGAUUGGGUGUGGAGAGUGAGAUGGUGUUGCUGCAUGAGGUGGCGGCGCAUCGCGACAAUGUAACCGCCGUUGCGGUUACCAGUGACUCCUCCUUGCUCUUCACUGCCUCAUUCGACAAGACCGUGCGCAUGUGGUCCCUGCCGGAAGCUUCCCUUCUGCACACGCUCUCAGGCCCCGCCCAUCGCAUCACCGCACUCACUCUCGCCAAUAGCAUAGCGCCACGUGGCACCAGUAGCUCAGGCACUGCGCACGACCAGCUGCUAGUGUGUGGGGACUAUGGGGGGUCCUUCCAUGCAUGGGACAUCGCUGACUCACUUCCAUCUCCUCCUCCUCCCCCUCCUCCUCCUUCCGCUCCUCCGCUUUUGACUCCAACCCACCCUCGCCUCCCUCCCACCAUUUCCUCAUCCCUGCCUUCCGCCCCGCCUCUUCCCGCCUACCCCUCGUUCCAAAUCCCCUCGGCAAACACGCUCCGCACCAGCCCACGCCAUCCCAAACCCACUCCUCAGCCGUCCACAGCAUCCGUUGUAACACCGAUUCCCGCCCCUCGUCUGGUUACCACAUGGAGCGAGGAGAAGGACUGGCGGUAUUCCGGUGUGCUCUCGCUGGCCGCUCCUCAGCCCCGUGAUUAUGACGGGUGUAAUGAUGGUGCAGCAGGUGACUGUAACGAGGAUGUGGUGUACAGUGGGAGUGGCGAUCGCACUGUCAAGGCAUGGGCUCCCAACGCUGAUGGCUCCUUCGCCCUACUAGCUCUUAUGGAGGGGCACACAGCACCUGUCUCGUCCAUUCAGGUGGAUUCUCAGGUGGUUGUCAGCGGGUCGUGGGACGGCACCGUUCGUCUCUGGUGGCGACCGGACCACUCCCCGAUGGCCGUACUCGUUUGUAGCAGCCCCACUUUCAGCACCUCAGCAUUCAGAAGCAGCAUGGGCGUGGGGCAGGGACCAGGGAUGGGGGGUGUGGGUGUGAGUGUGAGUGGGGGGGUGGGUGUGAGUGUGAGUGUGCGGGCGGUGGUGGUGGAUGAGGAGGGGGAUCUGAUCUUAUGUGCAAGGGAGGAUGGGCGAGUGGAGGUGUGGCACGGCAGCAGCAGCCUCAUGCUCCUCACUCCGGACCAUGCCACGCCCGUACCAGCAACAGCAGGCAACACCAGCAGCACAGCUGCUACCACCAACACCACCACCACCGCUAGCAGCAGCACUCCCAGUGCUGUUGCGACUGCUGAUCCUUGCUCCUCGCUGCCAGCGCUGCUGGCUCUGGCAGUUUGCCGCCCGCUGCUGGCUGCAGGCGCUGCUGACGGCUCCAUUCUGCUAUGGCACUUGCAUGGGCAUGGCGCUGAUGUCAGCAUCACCCCAUGGAGGCGACUCAUGCAUGCACAUGCACAGUCCCACAUUCAGGGGCCAUGCACUGCCCUCGCCUUUGCUGCUGCUGCUGUUGCUGCUGCUGUGGGUUGUGAUACUGGCAGCGCCACCGACCAUGGCAGCAGUGGGUGGGGUGAUCAAAUUGCUGGACUGCUGCUGCUAUCAGGAGGGUUUGAUGGCCGACUUUCUGUUUGGGAGGGGAAGAUUUAGAGGGGAAGGUUGAUGGCCGUGUCUCGAGCAGUCUGCUGAAGAAGAAGAGGGUUUGAGGGGGCUUGGCUGGAUGGAAGAGGAAUUGGCAGUGUGCAUUGCUGUGAAGUACAGGCGACACAGCAAUGUGAAUUGCCUGCACAGCAAUGUGAAUUCCCUGCACAGUAAUGUGAAAUGCUUACACAGCAAUGCACUUCGUACAGGCAGCACUGUCACACACUGCAUGGAUUGCCUAGUAGCACAAGCCAAGCCUCAGUGCUGCACUUUGUAUAGUACAUCUUCUUCCUUAGCAUUGAAUUGCACUGUGUUGCAUGCCUCCCCUGUUGCUCCCCAUCCGUCCACUGGUCUCUAGCUCUGGCUACAUCACAGGGUCUCUGUUCUCUUCGUUGUGUGUCUCGUGACUUGGAAAACUCGCCGGAAGACAGCUGUUACAGUAGCGUUAUCCUUACAUG